ACUUAUCUGAUGGCUCAUCUCAUUGGUGAAAGACAGUGGAUGGACCUGCAACUGUGCCGCCUUCCUUGGGAUCCUCUUUUAGCUUCUCUAACUCCUGGCCUCGGUGUGUAUUUAGCUCCUUGAGGAAGGGCCUUGGAUUCUGCAGAAUAUCCACACCAUCAAGGUCAGAGGCACUGUGAACUUACAUAGGUUUCAGUCUGCCCCUGUGGGCUCUAGCUCUUGCUAGUGGGUUCCAGUUUAUUCUUUCUCUCCCCUUCCUGACUGCCUGUCAUAUGGAUUUCAAGCUACAGUAUCAGAUAUGAAGAGAACAGCUUUACAGAUACUACUGAAGAAGCUUCCAUGAAUAUGUAAGGUCAAAUCUUUAAAACAAAUACCUUUCUAUAUGAUUGUCUAGUAAUUUUGCUUCUGUAAUGGAACUUUGCCUGAUACCCCAACCCCAGUAAUUCAAAUUUACUUCUCUUGUUCUUUCAGGGAAAUUUGGAUUCCAAAGUGAACGAAACCAUGAGGGAAGAAAAUCACUCAGUGGUGUCUGAGUUUGUGUUGGUGGGACUCACCAGUUCUUUGGAGAUACAACUUGUCCUCUUUCUAGUUUUCUCUGUGUUCUAUGUAGCAGGUAUUUCAGGAAACCUUCUCAUUGUGCUCACAGUGGUCUCUGACUCCCAGUUGCACUCCCCGAUGUACUUCUUGCUGGCCAACCUCUCCUUUAUUGAUAUGUGGGUUUCCUCCAGUGCAGUUCCAAAGAUGAUUUCUGAUGUUUUCAAGGAGAGAAAAGUAAUAUCUUUCCAAGGCUGUAUUGCUCAGAUGUUCUUCAUUCAUGUUCUUGGAGGAACUGAGAUGGUGCUGCUCAUAAUCAUGGCCCUUGACCGAUAUGUUGCUAUAUGUAGGCCUCUCCACUACCUGACCAUCAUGAACUUCCAAACUUGUAUUUUACUCUUGGUGGCUGCCUGGAUCAUCGGAAUCAUCCACUCGCUGAUCCAACUAGUAUUUGUUGUAAAUCUACCAUUUUGUGACCACAAUGAAGUGGACAGCUUUUACUGUGAUCUUCCUCGAUUUAUUAAGCUUGCCUGCACAGACACCUACAGAUUGGAGCUCAUGGUUUCUGCCAACAGUGGGUUCAUCUCAUUGGGAACUUUUUUCAUUUUGAGUAUCUCCUACAUCUUCAUCUUGAUCACUGUUUGGCAACAUUCUUCCAGUGGCUUGUCUAAGGCCCUGUCUACACUGUCAGCUCACAUCACAGUUGUGGUCUUAUUUUUUGGUCCAUGCAUCUUUGUGUAUUUGUGGCCGUUUCCUAUGGUGCCAGUGGAUAAAUUCCUCGCCAUUUUUUAUGUAUUUAUCACCCCAUUUAUGAACCCUGCCAUCUACACUUUUAGGAACAAAGAGAUGAAGGUGGCAAUGAGGAGAUUAUUAAAUCAGAUCUUGAGUUUUAGGAAGCCGUUUUAAGUGAUAUCAAUAUCAGGAAAGACAAGCUGUUCCAACCUUCCCUGUCCAUACUACAGACAUUCACUAAUAUAUGGUAAUUUCUGUCUUUUUCUUGGCCCUCCUUGGUAAAGAGAGUUCUAGAUCGGCCUACUACGUCUCUUUCCCAGCUGUGCAUUCAGAAGGGUGUCCUUCCUUGUCAGGUUGUUUGUUAUGCAGAAUCCGAAGAUAGGGCUUUGGAAUUCUUUGCAACUAUUACGGGUAGAUGAUUUUGGUUGGGGGCGUCUCAGGGCUGAGACUCAUGGAGUAGCUAUAAAGUGCGAAAACAAGAUAAAAAAAGGAUUUUAAAGACACGUUGUUUUUGCCUAAAUCUUGCUUUUCAAUAUAUAUUGCCCUUUAAUAAAUAAAAGUGAAGAGCUAAAGUUAUUUUGAAAUUAUUUUUGAUAUCUGGCUUUAUUUUUCUGAUCACAAAAAUGAAUGUGAGGUUGGAUCACUGGGUUACGGCUUCAUAAGCAUUUCAGGUAGUGUGUAUGAUGACUAUGAAUUAAACUUUCUAAUUACUAGAGUUCUUUCAAAAUCUAUCUUCCUGUGGUGCUGGAGGAU